AUGAAAAAGUACUGGUCAACUCUACAUUUGUUCCAAGUGUUAUGCAUUUUUAUUUUCAUCCGAACAUCCUCACCUUUAACGCAACCAAAUAUUUAUAACCUCUUACAACAAUCAAAUACUCGGCCACCAACAGCAAAUGCAUCAGUACCACUCGGUGUCAAACUUGGAAUGUAUUUGGAGAGUCUCGGAAACUUUCGCUCAUCAGAAAUGUCGUUUGACGUUGAUUUAUAUGUUUACAUGUCUUGGCAGGACCCUCGUCUAGCGCAUAAUUUUUCCGACUAUGUGCUCAUCAAUAAUGAUGAAAUUCGGAAACAAAUUUGGCUUCCUGAUUUGUACUUUGCGAAUGCAAGGCAAGCAAGCUUUCAAGAGGUUACUGUUCCCAAUUUUAAUCUGUUUGUUGCACCAGAUGGUACUGUCGCAUACUCCUGUAGAUGUACACUUACGGUGGCUUGUAGUUUGAACCUAAGAUACUACCCAAUGGAUCAACAGCUUUGUUCGAUCCGUGUUUUAAGUUAUGCCUACAUAGCCAAACAAGUUAAUGUAACUUGGUUUGACAAGAAUCCGGUUCGGUUCAACGAGGAAAUUGGGUUACCCGAGUUUCAAAUUGAGCAUGUUUCGAACGCAUACUGUAAUGGAUCGUAUCAAUAUGCACUAACUGAAAACUCAUACAAAUCUGAUGACUUCAGUUGUUUGAGCGGAAACUUGUUCUUGUCUAGAUCGAUUGGCUACAAUUUAGUUCAAUCUUAUAUUCCAACCGGACUAAUUGUAAUGAUCUCAUGGGUUUCAUUUUGGAUUGACAGAAGAGCGGUUCCUGCUCGCGUCACAUUAAGUUUCACCACACUGGUCUCUCUUACCACUCUGGGAAACGGACUUCGAUUUGGACUUCCACAAGUGAGCUAUGCAAAAGCCAUCGACUUGUGGUACGGAGCGUGUAUGUUCUUCGUCUUUUGUGCACUUUUGGAAUUUGCAACUAUAAAUAGCUACAUGCGAAAGUCGGAAAAAUUUGAUAGUAUGGCAAAGAAAAUGCAAAGUGUGGUACUCACUGGAAGAACAAGGGACUAUUUGGUUCGCGGCAUCAAAGAGAGCAUGCGGAUUGCAGGAGGAGCAGCCGGAAACGUUGUGGACGCACUCAACGACGAUUGGUGUACCUACUCCACAGAGAACGGACGUAAGAGCUUCUCCGCAAUGGUCGGAGACAUUUUUGAAAGAGCCGGCAAUGCGAUUUCUCCCCGUAGAAACAGAUACAGAGGACUCAAAACGGAAAAAAGUCCGCGAGGAUAUGGGAAGCCAGACACUGUUCAGGAUAUUUUGAGUGAAAGAAUAAAAUUUAUAGACAACGAAUUCGACUUUGAUACUAAAGAGGAUGAUGGAAAUAUGGCUAUGUCAAUCUACGACAAUGUAUCCUGUCGGAAAGAUGAAGCAGAUUCCAGUUCAGAAGAAACCAAGUUUAGCACAAAACCGAAAAGAAAUGGAACCAAUGGAACAAGGAAGUAUAUUGAUAAGAGUUUAAAUCAGUCAGGACAAAAUGACAGUUUGAUUGUAGCAACAUACUUUCAGAUCUCCGCCAACCAUUCACGACAUGCGCUCAAGAUCGACAAAUCAUGUAGAUAUUUGUUCCCAGCCGCUUUUCUACUUUGGAAUGUUUUCUACUGGUGGUACUAUUUAGUAUAUACAAAAACUCCAAUUGAUAAAUAGUCUUGAUCAUUUUCACAGCUCAAUAAUUAUUUAAAUUGUACUCCUCUCACAACAAAACUCUUUCAAAAUCAACAAUUUGUGAUCUCAAUCCUCCUUUGUCUCACUGUAUUUGUGCCGAUGUAUUUUUCAACUUUAUAAUAAAUGUU